AUGACCUACACGUCCAGAGCUGGAAAACUUAGAAUGCAAAUAUUGCUCUGUUUAGCAGAGACUCAUUGCCAUGAGCCAGGAGUUCCAGGUGCGGCCAGGCAUGGCACAGCGACCUGCAAAUGCGUGGGGAGGUGUUCACAGCUGAUCUUGAAAUAUGUAUGUCUCUUGCAGCCUUUAAAAAUGCACUGCAAGAGCUGUGCAUUGGUAACCAGUUCUGGACACCUUCUGGGAAGUAAGCAAGGUGACAGAAUCGACGAGACGGAGUGCGUAAUACGAAUGAAUGAUGCACCUACUCGAGGUUAUGGACAGGAUGUUGGGAACAAAACAAGCCUUCGAGUCAUUGCACACUCCAGUAUUCAGAGGAUUUUGCGAAAUCGCAACGAACUCUUAAACAUGAGCCACGGUGCUGUGUUCAUCUUCUGGGGUCCUAGCAGCUACAUGAGGAGAGAUGGGAAAGGCUUGGUGUACAACAACCUGCAGCUGAUGAAUCAGAUACUGCCUCAAUUAAAAGCAUACAUGAUUUCUCGCCACAAGAUGCUUCAAUUUGAUGACCUUUUUAAACGGGAAACUGGGAAAGACAGGAAGAUAUCCAACACUUGGCUUAGCACGGGCUGGUUCACAAUGACUAUCGCACUAGAGCUGUGUGACAGGAUAAAUGUUUAUGGCAUGGUGCCACCGGAUUUCUGCAGGGAUCCUAAUCAUCUUUCAGUACCUUAUCAUUAUUAUGAACCUUUGGGACCCGAUGAAUGCACAAUGUACAUUUCUCACGAGCGGGGACGAAAGGGCAGCCAUCAUCGUUUCAUCACAGAGAAACGAGUGUUUGAAAACUGGGCGAGGACAUUUAAUAUUCACUUCUUCCAACCAGACUGGAAACCAGAACCACUUACUGUAAAUCACGCCGAGAUUAAAGCAGCGGUCUGAGGGAUGAACGCAUAAGACUGCAACCACAAUCACCGACUGUAUCAGCCAUCAGGGUGUUGGACCUUCUGGGACAGCAAGGCAACUGACAGCAAAAGGGUAACAGGAUUUGCAGCUGAUAACUGCAGCAAGACAGGAAGUUCCGAUGAAGGAGUGUAUCGAGAGUACUUUCUUUUGAACUGUGUGUUAAUCCAGUAUAUCGCCUUAUUGGCCAUCUGACUUCCUGUACGUGUGUGUGAUUUGUGAAAAGCAACUUGGUAUCAUUAACAGGAUGGGUAAUUCAUCAUGGUUUUUUAAAGUACAACACCACUGAAUUUUCAUAGUGAAAACUAACAGUAUUUAUUUAAUGGAGGUUUUUAUGCAACCUAGGCCAGUAUUUUUCUAGUUCACAGUUCUGUGGUUGUUGAUCUUUCAUAAUCUUUCAAAUCCAAAAUUAAUAUCGCUGAUGGUUUGAAAGGCCUAGCUUUUUAUUUAUAAAAUUUGUUUGAAAAAUAUGGUUCUAUAUAGCAUGUAAUUAAUAUUUGAUCUGGAAAUGUUUCAUUUCUCUUAAAAUUUUUGGGCUCCAAUCCAGCCUAAAGCCUUUAACAGCAAGAAUGGUCCCAUGUGCAGAUCUAGCUAACUUUACAUUCUGGCAUCUCAUGUUAAUAUGAAAAUGGUAGUGGAAAUUCUGUUUGAUAUUAAUGUGAAUUUGCUGCUGUGCUAUCAAACUGCUCUAUUUUAAUACAGAGGUGGGGGGAAGGAAGGUGGAGUUCAUCCCAAAGAAAUCAGUUUACAGCACCAUAUCCUCACUGCAGAAGAGUCCAACUACAGCUGAGGGGUUGUGUUUUGUUUUGCCUGUUGUGGUCCUGCAGGAAGCUGAAGGAACAGCCUUCCUGAGGCAACAAUCUGCAGAACAAGCAACAACAGUUUGUAACAAUGGCUUUCAACAACACAACCAAAUUUCUAAAACCAGGAAGCUGUGUUAAAGUGUACUACAGUACCAGCCAAAAAGAUGGUAAUGUCACACCUGUAUAAUCCAUGCCUUCCACUGUUCCAAGACCACCACUGACCUCAGAGAUCCUGGACUGCACCGAAGCUGGGAUGCAGAAAGAUUUCCAUGAAAUUAUCUCCCUGACAGCAGCGAAGCUACACCUGGCAGUAUCUGUGUGAUGUACGCAAGCCUGGCAAACACAAGGAGUGGACAAUGCUAGUUCUGCAUGUGGAAGCUCACACUGUGUCUUACUGGGUUACACUUGGCUUGUGAAUAAAGAAAAUUUCAUUUA